AUGGAGUGGUCCAAGCAGACAUACAACUCUCAGUACGAGAAGUGGGUGCCCUGGGCAGAGGAUCUCUACCUGAGGUGGUUCACCAAGGACAACAAGACAUCAUAUGCCGCUAAGCGCAGGGACGAUAAGGGCAACUACGCCGACAGCAGCAUUCCCGGCGCCGGCGUCGCCAACAGCGCGGCUACAGACCUCGUCGACGGCCGCAAGGCCGUCGGCGGUGGCCUCCCCAGCGGCGUCAAGGGUGCUGGCGGUUACGUCGGCGGCCUCUUCGGCGGCGGCAAGAAGCGGAGGAGGAGCAGCAGCAGCAGCAGAAGAAGUAGAGAGGGUUCCCACCUGAUGAAACCCCACGACUGUUAUCAUGAGCGCAAAUGUUUGAGCGUUUGCUGUGGUGCUCAUUUCCCAUGGUUUGGCGCUUUGGAUUAG